AAAUUUUGCUUAAUUUUUUGUGGUAGAUCAAGAAAUAAGGAGAUGGGGCGUGCAAAACUGAAGAUGGAACUAAUAAGCAAGGAGAAAGCAAGGAAUGCAACUUUCAAGAAAAGAAAAGAAGGCCUAUUGAAGAAGUUGUAUGAAUUCACUACUCUUUGCAAUGUCAAUGGACUCAUGAUCAUGUAUGGUCCCAAACAAACCAAUGGAUCCAAUUCUGACCCUGAGAUUUGGACAAAUAGUAGUGGGAGUAGUACAACUAAGAACUUACAUCAACAAGAGAUUAAGAAUCUCAUCGACGAGUACAAAAAAGAGAGUAGUUUGCAAUCUGGUAGUACCAAAACCUUUGCUUUGUCGGAUUAUUUUGUCGAUCGAAGCAAGAAAGUUGAGGAGGAGUUGAUCAAGUUGAGAAAGAUGAACAUGGAGAAAAAAUACCCAUGUUGGCUAGAGUUCAUGGAUCAGUUCUCUGAGUUUAAGUUGAGAGAAUUUUUAACUUUGUUGGAUGACAAAGUUGAAAAAGUGAAGUAUAGAAUUAAUUUGCUCAAAGGGAAUAAUAUUGCUAGUCAUGAAUAUUUGAUGGGAGGAACAAUGAUUGAUCUGGGAGGAGGACAAGCAACAAGAUUAAGCCAAUUGACUCAUUACAAUGAUAAUGUUAUGGUCCAAGGAGGAAUGGAAUUGGGAGGUUAUCAUCAUGAACAAUCGCAAGCUCCAAUUUAUCCUUACUGUAAUAAUUCCAUUAUUAAUCAUCAAGAAAUGAUGAUGCUAAUGAUGAAUGAGAAUGAUUGGCAAUGUAAUAAUGGUGCAUCAUCCUCAUCAAGUGGCAGUUGCAACAAUAAUAUGAGGUGCGCAUUGAUGAAGUAUGAGACUAUGAUGAUUCACAACGACAACAUGAUGAGUAAUAAUCAAUUGACAUAUUCACCGUAUGCAGCUCCAACAAUCCUGCAGCAAGCCCCAUGCAUGAUGAUGCCAAGUGCUUUGCCCCAAAUGCAACAUUCUUGGAGGGAUAACGAGCGAGAUGAGAAAGUAAUAUUCUCACCUUAUUUGAGGAAGUAGCGAUAUAAGUUUGAGUUUUGUAUGAAUUCUUAGAAUGAAAGAUCUUCCUUCAGCUUCGAAAGUCAGACAAUGAAACCAUUCCCUCUAUCAGGAAUUUAUUAGCAUUUUGGUUAUAAAGGAUUACACUCUUUGGUUUUAGUGUUUUGAA